AUGGUCACAACGAGGCUAACUAAUGAGGUUCUCGAUAACUGCACCGGCUUGGACAUUAUCCGUAAACCAGAGGAUAUACUGGACAAGCUAGGAACUCGUCAUGUGGGUUUAAUUGUUGCAAUAGUGUCUUGUAGUUUUGUUUGGGGUUUUGGUGCACUUUCAAUCAUGUCAAGUGCAUUCACAUCUAUCGACUGUGGUAACUGUACAGACACGAUGGUCACAGUUGUUAGUGAGUUCGAUCUUCGCGGUGAAAGGUCGUAUUUGAUAGAGUGGAGCACGUCGUUCUUCAUGAUUGGCAACAUGAUCGGAGGAUGCACGCUAUCCCAUGCUGCUGAUCGAUUUGGAAGACGACCUAUAAUGCUGCUAUGCCUCACAUUCCAAGCACUAAGUGCUCUACUGGCUUCAUUAAGCACCUCAGUACAUAUUUUCUCCGUUUGCCGCCUUCUUCAAGGAACAUUUUAUACGGGAGCCAACCUCGUCGCAUGGGUUGCUGCUUAUGAGAAUACGCAUACCGAUUCCCGAUCCUUCACUACUUUCCUGUUCGGAGCUGCAUGGGUAGUUGGUUACUCCGUAACGGCACUGAUUGUCUACCUGUCGUAUACUUGGAGGCGCCUGAUGAUUACAACUUCUCUGUCCACGUUGGUUUUCACGGUGUGGUGUUGGAAAUUUGUUCCAGAGACACUUCAUUUUCUUGUUUCGAAGCGUAACACUACGAGAAUCCAUAAAUGGUUUAUGGGGAUCGACUACUCACCACAGAACACGGAUAUCGCUAACCUCCUUGAUCGGGACAACGAUAGCCCAUCGUCACAAAGGAGCUCGUUCUUCCAUGAGAUCUGGAAUCACAAAAUCUUCAUUGUGUACUGCUUCAUUCAAUUGUAUUUAUGGACUUGUGACAACUUCAUUUAUUUCGGACUAUCGCUCUACAGUACACAGCUGGCAGGGAAUACAUACGCAAAUUAUUUGCUAAUGGGUCUCGUUGAGCUGCCUGCAUACGUUCUUGGUCCGAUAUCGUUAGAGAAAUUUGGCAGAAAAGUAGUUGUUUCUGGAACACAUUUCCUCGCAGCGGUGUGCUUUCUUCUUCCGGUCUUCUCAGAAGCCGGUUCUUGGAUAUCACUGUGUUGUUGGUUGCUGGGGAAGUUCUCGAUCAGCUGCUCUUUCAUGUCACUGUUUGUUUACGCCAGCGAAAUAUUUCCAACGCCAAUUCGAAACGUAUCUGUAGGACUUUGUUCCGUCCUUUCAAGAGGUGGAGCGAUAGCAGCUCCAUACAUACGGCUUCUAGGUUCGAUUUCUGCGACAUCGCCAAUGUUUCUUCUUGCCGCCCUUUCAUUUCUAGCAGGUGCCCUCACCUGUUUGUUGCCAGAAACUCACCGAAAACCUCUACCAGCCAAUAUCAGCCAGGCUGCACCUGUCUCAUCUGAUCUACUUCCAUCAUGA